CCGAGCUUCGAGGCCGGCCGCCCACAAGGCUCGUGCGCCCUCGUAGGGUCCUGGUCGGCGGCGUCUGCGGCGGCCCCGGGCCCAUGGCGGCGUCGGCGGCUCUGUCGGCAGCGGCGGCGGCGGCGGCCCUGUCCGGCCUAGCGGUGCGGCUGUCGCGCUCCGCCGCGGUCCGAGGCUCCUACAGCGCCUUCUGCAAGGGACUCACGCGCACGCUGCUCACCUUCUUCGACCUGGCGUGGCGGCUGCGCACGAACUUCCCCUACUUCUACGUGGUGGCCUCGGUGAUGUUCAAUGUCCGCCUGCAGGUACGCAUCGAAUGAGCGCCCGCGGCGGGGCGAGCGGCGGCCGCCACUGGCCCGCGCCCGGCUCCCGGCCAGGACGCCGGGACCUGAAGGACAGCGGCGAGGCCCAGGGUCGCCGGGACACGGCCGGGGCCUCCGCCGCUCCCGCCCUCCGCGGCCAGGGGCCGCCCCCACGGCGCGGGCCCCGUCCCAAGCCGCCGAGCCCCGCGUGCGAGCGGUCCUUCCCAGCGGGACCUGGAGAAUGCCAGCCCGUGCGACCUGUUGCCUCCCGGUGGCCAAAGGGGACCACGGGGAGGACGGAAUGCGACCGCUUGAUCCGCCAGGCCCCAGGCUGCAAGGUACGCAGACAGGGAGGAUGGUGCUCUUGUGAGUCAAACCUGAGCCUGACUCUUUCUCAGCCCCCAGGUCCCCGGGCUUCUCAGCUCUUCUGCCCAGUUCGCAAAGCUGCCUCGUGCCCCGUCCUUGGGGCCAGGGGAUUGGUGUCUGGCUGCUCCUGCUGGCUCUCUGCUCCUCAGCCCCGUCUGCAGUCAUGAUGAAGACAUCCACUUUGCUGUUUCUGUCCUCAUCCCCAGGAUCAUAAGGGAAAAUCUCAUCCAGACGGGCUGAGCGUGGUUCAGGAGUUGCCGGGUAUGCUAAUCACCGUCAUCACCCAGCCUAGAGAAGCCCAGGGCUGCCCUCACCUGUCUAUUCUUCAGCUUGUCUGGCAGCGAUGACUGAGGGCCAUGCAUGUUCUCAGUGCCUUGGAGGGAAACCUGCAGCCGUGUGACCCGCCCAGGAGACAGUGACCCGGCCUCUCGCCAUCUGCCCUGUUCAGGUGCCCACUGGAGCCCAGGACCUGAAUGGCCCCUGUCUAACCCCAUAGACACAGGCUGGAAGGGGGCGGCUACUGGCCUGCCUGUGGGUUCCCAUAGCCCGAGCCUGAUGGCUUGCUUCCUUGUGCCAAGUCUCCCAGAGCCCCCAAUCCUGCUGGUGCCUCUCAUCCACCAGGGAGCACCUCUGGGCAGCUGUCAGCUUCUGGCCUGACCCAUCCCCUCAGGCCCCUUGUGAGGGACAAGAAAGCCAAAGUCACGGGCCUCCAGAAUUGGCAAUGUGCUUCCAAAUCCUGCCUUUAUCCUCUGGGCAGCUGCCUGCUUUGCUCCAGCCUCUUCCUACAGCAGCCAGGAAAGGGGAAGGCCCAUCAUCUAGUAUCCCUGCAUGUUCGCAAUGCCAGUGGGAAUGUGUGAGCAUGGGUGUGUGUGUGAGUGCAUGUUUGUGAGUGUGUUCGUGAGUGUGUGUGUGUGAGUGACCUUGCAUCUGGUGUGGGUGGAGCUGGAGGAGCUUCUGGGGUAUCCAAUUCUCCCUGUACAUAAAGAACUUGAACUAUACCCCCCCACAGUGGGUGCAGCCCCACCCCUUCCAGGAGGCAUUAGGAGGUAUCACAGAUAUGGCCUCAGCUUUGUGUUCCUGCCUUCCUCUGGCCUUGAGUAGUUAGAGCUCUGCUUUCUCCCCUCCCCUCCUGGCUGCUCCCUGUCUUGUGGGGCCUUGCUGUGUGAUGGGGUCUCCAUGCACUUUAUUUGUUGGGAGUCUGUGUCCUGGAAGCAGAGGCUCAACCAUUGUGGAGACACCACCUGGGCAGCACCAGGUUUUUGUGUGAUAAGCUGCCCUGGCAGCUCUGUCUGGUCAGGAAGGGGGUCUUGUUUCUGCCGUUGUAGUAUCUUGUUGGUUCCUCAAAUGUAAAGAAAAUCCUUGUGUUCUGCAUACC